AUUUGUUUCCUCGCUGUAUCGCCGUGAGCUUCUCAGGCGGAAUCUAUAGUACCGACUUGCUAUCAAGAUACCGAUAGCUGUUUCUUAGCGGUUGAAACAGCGCAAACGCCAAACACAUGGUCCGGCAUUAUCUUUUUUUCACACUCCCUUCUCUUUACAAGUCGCUUCCUCGAGACCUCUCAAAAUUGUUCUUCUCUGUUCAUUUCCGAUUCUGAUAUCUGAAUUCUAUCCAUAACCAAGGCAGCCCAUCUUCCAUGGCUGCCAAUUUCACCAUGCUUAAACCUUGUUCUUCAUUCUCGACCCGAUCAUCCGUUCAGAGGAAAUUUAGCGCCCAUAGAUUAGUAUGCACUGGCCCAUCUUCCUCUUUUUAUCCACAGUGUCAAGGAGGAGCUUAUGGUUUAUGCAUCGUUAAAUGUGCUUCUUCAAAUGGGAAGGAGCCCGAUUCAUUGGAUAAUGGAGUUAAAAGUGUGGAGCGGCUACUUGAAGAGAAACGGCGAGCUGAAUUGUCUGCUCGGAUUGCCUCUGGAGAAUUCACUGUCGGAAAAGAUGGUUUUCCUUCUGUAUUGAGGAGUGGCUUGUCAAAGAUUGGUGUUCCCAACGAGGUUCUGGACACAUUAUUUGGUUUUGUCAAUGCUCAAGAAGGAUAUCCCAAGAUCCCUGAAGCAAAAGGAUCAGUAAAUGCAAUUCGUAGUGAGCCCUUCUUCGUACCUCUGUAUGAGCUUUAUCUCACGUAUGGUGGAAUAUUUAGGUUGACUUUUGGGCCAAAGUCAUUUUUGAUAGUUUCUGAUCCUUCCAUUGCUAAACAUAUACUGAAGGAUAAUCCAAAGAAUUAUUCUAAGGGUAUCUUAGCUGAGAUUCUAGACUUUGUCAUGGGGAAGGGACUUAUACCAGCUGAUGGGGAGAUAUGGCGUGUAAGAAGACGAGCAAUAGUACCAUCAUUGCAUCUGAAGUAUGUAGGUGCUAUGAUUAAUCUUUUCGGAGAAGCUGCAGAUAGGCUUUGCACGAAGCUAGAUGCUGCAGCAUCUGAUGGGGUAGAUGUGGAAAUGGAGUCCCUGUUCUCUCGUCUGACUUUAGAUAUCAUUGGCAAGGCAGUUUUUAAUUAUGACUUUGAUUCACUUACAAACGACACUGGCAUUGUUGAGGCUGUUUACACUGUGCUAAGAGAAGCAGAAGAUCGCAGUGUCGCACCAAUUCCAAUAUGGGAAAUUCCAAUUUGGAAGGAUAUUUCACCACGGCAAAGAAAGGUCUCUAAAGCCCUCAAAUUUAUCAAUGACACCCUCGAUCAACUGAUUGCUAUAUGCAAGAGGAUGGUUGAUGAGGAGGAGCUGCAGUUUCAUGAGGAAUACAUGAAUGAGCAAGAUCCGAGCAUCCUCCAUUUCCUUUUGGCAUCAGGAGAUGACGUUUCGAGCAAGCAGCUCCGUGAUGACUUGAUGACUAUGCUUAUAGCUGGGCAUGAAACAUCUGCUGCAGUUUUAACAUGGACCUUUUAUCUUCUUUCCAAGGAGCCUAGGAUCAUGGCCAAGCUUCAAGAGGAGGUGGAUUCAGUCCUCGGGGAUCGGUUUCCAACUAUUGAAGAUAUGAAGAACCUAAAAUAUGCCACACGAAUAAUUAAUGAAUCCUUGAGGCUUUACCCACAGCCACCAGUUUUAAUACGUCGAUCUCUUGACAAUGAUAUGCUCGGGAAGUACCGAAUAAAAAAGGAUGAGGACAUAUUCAUAUCUGUUUGGAACUUGCAUCGCAGUCCAAAACUCUGGGACGAUGCUGAUAAAUUUAAUCCAGAAAGGUGGCCCUUAGAUGGACCCAAUCCAAAUGAGACAAAUCAAAAUUUCAGAUAUUUGCCUUUUGGUGGAGGACCGCGGAAGUGUGUGGGAGACAUGUUUGCUUCAUACGAGACUGUUGUAGCACUUGCGAUGCUUGUUCGGCGAUUUGACUUCCAAAUUGCACUUGGAGCACCUCCUGUAAAGAUGACAACAGGAGCUACAAUUCACACAACAGAUGGAUUGAAAAUGACAGUUACACGAAGAAUGAAACCUCCAAUCAUACCCACGUUAGAAAUGCCUGCAGUGGUCGUCGAUUCGUCUGUCGGCUUCUUGGAAGAUGAAACACAAAUUGGUAAGGAAGGAGAAGUUUCUUCUGCUCAUUCCUGAUAUUGUUGCAGUUUCGCCAUGGGUUGAGAUUUAGCCUGCUCCUGAAACUUGAAAGAAGAUGCAGAAAAAGAGGAAACCGAAAUCCCGCUAGCGCUUUAUGAGUCCUCUCGAUUGAAGAUUAAAUUUGAUCUUCAUCUGGUUAGAUGCAGCUUUCUUGGUGAAUCCUCGUUUGCAUAUAGAAUGAUUUGUAUGAGUAAAGAAACUGUUCUCAUUAUCCUUCUUAGAUGUUAUAAAAGAUUUAUGUAUUUCAUUGUAUUAAUCCAUUGAUUUAGUUGUGAAGACUCGGUUAAAGUCUUCUUAUUUCUUUGUUUUACAUGUAAAUAUUUUCCACUUAGACGAUGUUCUUUGUACCGAUGCCAUUGGAGCAAUAUUAUGAGGGUUCUUUUUUUUUUUCC